CAUUUCUUAAACAGUCCCAGAAAUCUUCACACUGGACGGUUGGAUGCAAUAUUAUCACUUAAUUUCUGAUGUAAUUCAGUCGUUUAAACACUGCCAAUCCCCGCCACAACUGUAAUUGGUGUGCUGCUGGCCAUUCAAUCCCGCCAACUCUCCCAGCAUUCAAUGCUUGAUUGCAACUUUCCUAAAAUAUUGGAAUUAUGAGUUGUCUUUGGUGAUUUGAAUUAGGAAUCGGCGACUUUCGUUUGGGAGGAUUUUGUUGUUGCUGCUGCUGUUAUGCACAUCGGAGAGUCUAGAGUGAUUGCAUUUGACAUGAUAUUGAGAAAAAAACAUUGGGAGUGAAGGGCAGAAACUUCAAUAAUCAAUAACCAGCGCAGAAGAUGAAGAAGUUCUUUCUUAGAUCGUUUGGCAAUGGCUAUGGCAAAAAUGAUUCAGUUCAUCCAUCAUCAACAGAUGACAGCGAAGCUUAUUGGGAGCAUCCAUUAGGGAGUAGGAUGGGUACUCCUAUUGGUGAUAAGGCUGGAAGUAGUCCCCAGAGGUCCAAGGAUUUGCCUUCCAAGUUCAAUAGGCAAAUAGAUGAUAAUGAACGGUCCCGCAGCCGUCCUAAACUUAGAAGGACCCAAUCGUUAUCUUCAGCUGCAUUUAGAGACCAAGGUCAAAUAAACUUCGAUGGUUUGAUUGAUCCAAGUAGAUCUCCUGGUAAUGCUAGCAGUCGCUCAAAACGGCAACAUGAACAGUCAUCUCGUUGCCAAAGUCCAUCUCGAGAGAUGCAAUUCAAGGUAAAGCAGACUGAAUUGCCAAAUGAUUACUAUACCUCUGGAUCUUUUAGGCCAUGUUCCAGAACUUGGUAUGAUUCUUCUGGAAAUUCUACCACUACUUCCAGUAUUGUUUCAAAUAGGGUCUUGGACCGCUACAUUGAUGGCGAACAACAUCAGGAAAUAAAUGGAUCCAAGAACAAGUAUUCUCAAAGAAAUAAUGGGUGGCGGCCUCCUCGAGCUCAGUGUCUGCCACCCUCUUCAACAACGGCUAGCAUUAAAGAUAAUCCAAGAUCCUAUUCGUCCAGAGAAACUAGAAGUUCUCUUUCUCGUUUCUUAUCUGAAGAUGGAGAAUAUGGGUUUGGAAAUGACUCACCUCGAAGUGCAAAGACUGUUGUUGACAGACUCUCUCAACAACAUGUUGUGCCUAGAGGGUCCUAUAAAGAGCUCGGUGAAAAUAUACCUAUCACAGUUGCAGAUACUUACAGUCGAUCAUUGAAUGGAUGCUUUGAUCCUAAUGCAGAUUUGACGAAACCAUGCAUCCCUACAGAUGAGCCUGGCGAAACUGAUGGAGAACUACAAAAAAAGGCCAAGGAAGCAGAGGAGAGGAUCAUGUUUCUGUCUGAAGAACUUGAACAGGAACGCUUAGUUCAAUAUAGCAAAUUUGAUGUGUCAGAUCUUAUCCAGAUAAUAAAAAAUCUCACAGGGGAGAGGUUCACUUUGGCACUUGAAGUUUCAAGCCUUCUGCAGUCUCGAAUUGCAGAUAGGACAUGUGCCAGAGAAGAGCUUAGACAAGCAAAUGAAGAAUUGGAGUCCAGAACACAGAAACUGGAGAAGGAGAAAACUGAGUUGCAGGUAGGUUUGGAGAAGGAGCUAGACAGAAGGUCAAGUGACUGGUCAUUCAAGCUUGAGAAGUACAAGUUAGAGGAGGAGGGGCAAAGGGGGCGAGUUAGAGAGCUGGCUGAACAAAAUGUAUCACUACAAAGAGAGGUUGCUUCUUUAAACAAGAGGGAAACAGAGAACAAAAGCAUGACAACUAAUCUGGAGCAAAAUAUCCUCGACCUAACAGCUAGAAUUGAUGAAAAGAAUGAACAAAAUAAAUAUUUACAGCUAAACCUGUCUAAAUUAGAAGAGGAUUACCGGGGAUCAAUAGAAGGCAUGGAUUGCAUCAGAAAGAAUUUUGAGGAAAAAGAGAAGGAGUGCAGGGAGUUGCAUAAAUCAAUCACGAGGUUAACAAGGACCUGCAAUGAACAAGAGAAGACUAUUAAUGGUUUAAGGGAAAGAUUGAGUGAGCAAUUUGGUAAUAGUCAACCAAUGGAGAAAUUGGAUAAGGAAUUUGAAAAAUUGAAGAUGGAACAAAUGAGAUUAACAGGAGUGGAACUGGCUUUGAGAAAGGCGUUAGAAUCUUGUAGGGUUGAAGUUGAUUCUCUUCGACGUGAGAAUAUAAAUAUAUUGACUCACUUAAAAGACAAUGGGAAUGAGAGAGGUGCUACAACCUUCAAGUUGGUUAAUGAAAUGUCAACUCGUGUUUACCAUCUACAAAAUCAAGGUAUGGUAUUAUUAAACGAGAGUACUCAAUUUUGUUCCCAGUUACUGGAGUUCAUCAAAGAGAAAGCUGCUCAGCUUCAUCCAAAUAAGCAUAGAACGGAGCAUAUUGAGAAUGGUUUAGAUGCUCAUUUUUUUCUUGAAUCUGAAGCGAAAAUUCAGGGCUUCAAGUAUGGGAUUGAGAGCCUGACAAUGAGUUUACAGAAAAUAUCUAUGUUGUUGCAAGCGGAGUCUAACUCCACUUCUCAGAGCUCAGGUGUAGACAAUGCACUACAACUAAAUAGUCAAUAUUCAGAGGACGGUUUAAGAUCUGAGCUUAAAGCAGAAACUUUAUUCUCAAGCCUAUUAAGAGAGAAACUAUUCUCUAAGGAGCUGGAAGUGGAGCAGUUGCAAGCAGAACUGGCGACAGCAGUAAGAGGGAAUGACAUGUUAAAAUGUGAGGUCCAGAACGGAAUGGAAGGCCUUUCCUGCCUCUCGCAUAAGAUAAAAGAUCUUGAACUUCAGUUGCUGAAGAGAAACGAGGACAUAAACAAGUUACAAACUGAGCUGGAGGAGUCUAGAAGGGAAUUAGAAAUUCUAAGGGACGUACUUCAGAAAAUUUCAAAGGAGAGAGACAUGUUGUGGGAGGAAGUAAACAAACACAGGGAGAAAAACAUGCUACUGAUCUCCAAAGUUGAUGAGUUGAAAUCAAAGAUUGAGACAUUGGAAGAGGACAUUUUGCUGAAGGAAGGUCAGAUAACAAUCUUAAAAGACACACUCACCAAUAAAUCCAUUGACCUUCUUGCUUCUCCCAAAUCUUCAUGGGAAUCUCGAGUGCAGUAAAAAAUAAUAGCUGGAGGAUUUAACCGAGGCUUGCGGGUAAAUAGGGGGAAAUAUAGUUUUUGUCGCUGUAUCAAGUUAACGAUUUUGGCUCCCUUCACGAGUGAAAGGUAAAUUUGUGCUAUGAACUAUUCAACCUCGUGCUUUA